AUGGGCGCUGUCUUACCUUAUGGGCAGCUGGUUCGGACUGCGGCCCGAGCCCGUGUCGCCUAUGUCCCCCGACGGACAUUGACUACAACCCCCAUUCUCUACGCUCAAAAUGACCAACCCGGCAAGAAAAAGACAUCUUUCUUCUCGUCAAUGAAGGAUUGGAUCCUUGGUGAAAGUCCCGAAACAAAGCCUCGGGCUCGCAAAGCGGCAGCACGCCAGCAAGGUGAACUCGGAACAAGCUCUAUUUUUGCAGAGGAUAUGAGCAACACUUCCGGACCUAAACCCUCCCGCAAGAAGGAAGCUACAGAGCAACAACAAGACGGCAAACCCCACAAAAGUCUGGAAGAGCGCGACAAGGCCCACCUCCAAUUUGCUCUGAACCCCAACCCGAAGGCCCAGCUCCGAUGGGAGAAGAAGAUGGUCAUCCGUGAGAUCCGGAAACGUGGCCGUCUCCCCAAAGCAGUCCAGAUCAAGCGAACAGAGCGUGAAUCGCUUUCCAAGUCACACUGGUUCAAGACUUCUGUCAAGAAGCUGGGCCCCCUGGCCCGCCAGAUUGCCGGCAAGAACAUCGACGAGGCCAUCCUGCAGAUGCGUUUCAGCAAGAAGAAGGCCGCUCUCGAUGUGCUUGGCCACCUUGAGCACGCGAAGAACGUCGCCAUGGUCCGUGCCGGCAUGGGCCUGCCGGAGGAGAAAGCUGAGCCCACCAAACCUCUCACCGUUGUCCUCAAGUCUGGCGAGCGCAAGACUAUCACCGAUCCCACAAAUAUCUAUAUUCAAGAAGCUUGGGUCAACCGUGGUCCCUAUGGACACGGCAUGGACCACCGUGCUCGUGGUCAGAUCAACCGGCUGCGUCCCCCAGCCACUGGUCUUUCGGUUGUGUUGAAGGAGGAGAAGACCCGUAUCCGUGAGUGGGAGGAGCGGGAGGCUACCGCACUGCGGAAGCGCAAAGAGCAGCUCUGGGUCCAAUUGCCGGACCGGAAGAUUUCUGCUCAGAACCAGUAUUACAGCUGGUAA